CAACUAAAACAUUCGGAUUGCUUUGUUAUCACUAGUUUUGUUUUGAUUUCCCGAGUUGCUAGCUUAUAGCCCGUUAGCAGCACCAGCGUGGUUGCCGCUAAUCUUGCUUGCAUUGUUUACACACUAUUUACACACAUUUCCAUUGUUUACUCACUGUUACUUGCUUUAAUGGCGAAUUUGUGUCCACCUUUCAGUGCAGGUGAGGACACGUUCGAGCUGCACUCGUUGCAGCUCGAGCUGGAGGCUGUGGAGAAGCAGAUUCAGGAGCUGUUGGUGAGGCAGACGGAGCUGAGAAAGCAGAGAGCCGCUCUGGAAUCCUCCCGGGUAAGUAACGUUAUACAGCGCGAUACUAACACUCUGACCACCUCUACUCCGUGUGCUUCUCUGCACAGGUCCCGUGCACCCUGGACGCGAUCUUCCCAGAUGUCCUUCACUCCGGCGCCGGGACACCAUGGACCCUGGGUGCAGCAGCAGCGGAAGACGCGAGCCAGGCCCCGGCCGAGGACCUCGCCCCCUCCGCCGCCUCCGGUCUUCGAGAUCUCCACCCGGAACCGCUUCGCUCCCCUCCGCGAGACGGGACGCAACGCUGUGAUCGUCGGAGACUCCAUUGUCCGGUACGUACGUGCUACUCUAGCUAAAGGUAGAGUCCACACCCACUGUUUUCCUGGUGCUCGCGUUCUCGAUGUUUCUGCGCAGAUACCCACAAUCCUGAAGGACGGCGAGAGCAUCGGCGCGAUCGUCCUGCACGCGGGGGUGAACGACACCAGGCUGCGGCAGACUUAGGUUCUGAAGACGGACUUCAGCAGCCUGAUCGAGACGGUUCGCAGCACGUCGCCCACGACGAGGAUCAUCAUGUCAGGACCGCUUCCCACGUAUCGACGUGGGCACGAAAGGUUCAGUAGACUUCUUGCUCUAAAUGAAUGGUUAUUGACAUGGUGUAAAGAACAGAAACUGCUCUUUGUUAAUAAUUGGAAUCUUUUUUGGGAACGUCCUAGGCUUUUCCGUGCGGAUGGCCUGCACCCCAGCAGAGUCGGAGCGGAACUGCUGUCGGACAACAUCUCCAGGACGCUACGCUCCAUUUGACUAGAAUUCACUAGGAAUUCACAAGCUCCAGUGUGGAUCCAGAACACUUAAGAAGAGAUGAUGCCAACCACACAGAGGACUUCAGAUGAUGCCAACCCUGAAACAACAUACAGCACUACCGAAUUCUGCUACUAAUUUAUAGUGUUCUUUGUCUGUUUGAUUACGUCAUUAAUUGAUCUUUACCACACAUCUCUGCCAUAUGUACAUCAAGCUACUACUACAUAUAUUGUAAAAAUGUCAAUUUGGUGUAAAGCUGCUUUGCAACGAUAUGUAUCGUGAAAAGCGCUAUACAACUAAAUUUGAAUUGAAUUGAAUUGAAUAUUUUCUAAACCUCUAUUUUAUUCACAAUAGUACAUAGAAAAUAUAUUGAAUGUGUAAACUGAGGAAAAGUACCAUUAUAACUCAGAAUGAAGUUGUAUAUUAUGACAAAAUUACAAGUAAACAAGAA